CUGAAGGCUACACACACCACACACUGCCUGAGACCCAAGCUGAAGUACACACACACAAACACUGCCUGAGACCCAAGCUGAAGGUACCCACCACACACUGCCUGAGACCCAAGCUGAAGUUUGUUCCUGGAGGAGACUGGUUCUGUCCGGACUGUCGACCCAAACAAAGAUCGAGCCGCCUGCCGUCCCGUCAGAGAUCCUCCAUCGAUGAGGAGGAGGAAGAGGGGGAGGGUGAAGAAGAGGAGGAGGAGGAGUCAGAAGAGGAAGAGGAGGAGUCGGAAGAAGAGGAGGAGGAGGAGGAGGAAGAAGUCGUUGUGAGCAAGAAGAGCCAGCCCCCGCCCCCAAGAGGGAGGAGCCAACAGACCCUGCCCCCGAGAGGGAGGAGCCAACAGGCCACGCCCAAAGGUCAACAGACCACGCCCAAAAACACCACCUCUUCAUCAGGGAAAAACUCCUCUGCCUCAAAGUCCUCAGGAAAGAAGGCCACGCCCCCCAAGGGGAAGGCCACGCCACACAAGGGGAAGGCCACACCACACAAGGGGAAGGCCACGCCCCCUGCAGGUAAAGCUCCGCCCCGCUCAGGGAGUCGCGUCAGCGCCCGUCUGAGCCUCGAGAUCCUAGCUACGACCACGACCAAAAAAAACUCACCUGGUCAGAGCGAGGCCCGAAAGAGACCAGCCACAGAUGUGGCUCUUCCCCUCCCCCCACGCCCCGUCCUCCCCCCCUCCUCCUCCUCCUCCUCUUCCUCUUCCUCACGUCGUUCCUCUGGCAGGAACCAUGGGGUCCACGAGCUGUCAGCCUGUGAGCAGCUGGUGGUGGAGCUGGUGAGACAUGAUGACAGCUGGCCCUUCAUCAAGCUGGUGUCCAGGACACAGGUCCCUGACUACUAUGACAUUGUGAAAUCACCGAUUGCUCUCAGCACCAUCAGAGAGAAAGUCAACACCUGUGAAUACCAGACUGCAGGUGAGUUUGUGACGGACAUGGAGCUGAUGUUCUCUAACUGCCUGCAGUAUAACCCUCGCCACACUAACGAGGCGAAGGCAGGAACUCGUCUGCAGCUCUUCUUCCACGCCGAGCUCAGCAGGCUCGGCCUAUCCGAGCGCAGCAGGCUCGGCCAAUCAGAGCGCAGCCCCGCCCCCCCCCGCGAAGCGCUCCCGACAGUGACCUGUGACCUCACCGCCGUCCUCUCUGCUGAUUGGUCCUCCUGACCCCGUCUGAACCAGCUGACAAUCAAAGGGAUGAUGAGUGGGCGGGGCUUCUCCACAGUCAGUGUUUUAGCUGCUACUUUAAUAACCUUUAUAUUAACACGUUUAAACCUUAGCUCAAAGUGAAUGAUUAAAUUCCUUUAAGGGGAAAAUACACUUCUAAAAUCUGGAUACGCUUUCUGAGAAAAGUAUUAUUUAGAAGAGACUUAAAGACUUAAAAUAAGUUACCUGUUCUGUAAGGGACACCUGACUCCAUUCAUAAAACACACCUGUCAUACCUCCACCUGUCAGUGUGAGACCUCUGUGAACCCAAGCUGUCUGUUUAAAACACCAAGUCUCUCAAUAACUCAAGACUAAACUCACCUGUAGAGGAAGAACACCUGUAGAGGAUGAGCACCUGUGCACCGAGUCGUUAUGAAUGGACCCAGGUGUCUUUAGACCUGCUGCAGGUGAAACACUGGCUGGGGAACCGUCUCAUACUCCCUGAAAUAUCCCUUUCAUGAUGAGUCUGAGCUUGUUUUGUUUGAAGCUCACCUGAGACCCCUCUCACCUGAUCACAUGACCCUCACUGUUAUAAACAACCCUUCCACUGUGAGUUUGUGAAACCCUAGAGAAGUUGAGUAGAUUUCCUCGACCUGCUGACGUUCAGGGCAUUUUUAUAUUUACUGGGUCAGAGUUUAAAGACAUUCCUGUAGGACAUUAGAGACAGACAGGUAGAGACAGACAGGUAGAGGCAGACAGGUAGAGGCAGACAGGUAGAGGCAGACAGGUAGAGACAGACAGGUAGAGACAGACAGGUAGAGACAGACAGGUAGAGACAGACAGGUAGAGGCAGACAGGUAGAGUGGUUCAUCUAAACUCCCAUCCGGCCGUUAGUUUUCGCUCAGGGACAAAAACAUGUAUUUGAUUUGAAUGUAAAUAGUUUUGACUGAUUUUCCGGCUGAAUUAAACGUGUGUUCAGUAAGAGAGCAGAAAUACUGGCCAAUUGAAAGUGUCGUUAGCCUUAAAGGGACAGUCCCACAUUUAGAAAGGGGCGAUACAUCAUGAAUCUAAAGAUGGAUUAACGAUAAUUCAUCCUCUUGGAUUCGGUGCCACAGAGUAGUCUUAGUUUAGUUUAGCAUAAAGGCAGACAUGCAAUGAGUUGAAGUGACGAGAUCAGAUAAUAAAAUGUGGCGCUGUCCCUUUAAGAGGCAGCCUGAGGCUUCUGGGAUUUGUAGUUUUUGUUGGACUACUGCAACGUUUACCUGCUUUAGAGUGUUCCUUUGUUUGAUGCGUUCUUCUUCUGUGGUGUUAGUGUGACUGCUGCAGCUCAGUCAGUGGUGUGUGUGUGUGUGUGUGUGUGUGUGUGAGAGAGAGGGAGAGAGAUUGUGUGUGUGUGUGUGUGUGUGUGUGUGUGGAGGUCAGCUGUACACUACACUGGAGCGCUGCAUAUUUAUUUAGUUCUGCCUUCAUUGUCUUUAUGACUGGUAGGAUCUUCCUGAUGGUGUUUGUUCUGAAAUAAUAAAUAAAGUGUUAUAACCAGC